AGAAGCCAUCACUUGUCAAUAUGUCAAAAAUGAACGAUUUUUUUAUAAGAUUUAUUUUCUAGCGCACCAAUAAACUAAAUAGAAAUUCCAAAAAAAAGAGAUAAAUUCUUGUGAAAUGCCAAACACGAGACGACGAAGGUUUUCAGUUCAAAAUGACAUCGGCAGCAGGGAUUCUUCGAAAAUGCAAAAUAAUUUUCAUGGCAGCUAUCAAGAUAUCGACGAGUCUAAACUAAUUACGAACAAUUCGAUGUCAGCAAGAUCAUCUAGAUCAAAACACAAAAUGAUUGCAAACGGUUCAAGAAUUUCAAGUAACUUGAAAAUUGUAACUGACACUGAAAGUUGCACGUCGACCGGAAAACUUAGUUCGACGACAGUAGAUAAAAACGUGGCUGCCAGUUCCAGCACCAUUGACCUUUUGAAUCUGCUCAACGAAGAAUGUACUCCUACAGACCAAUCUAAUGAUGCAAUUUGUCCCAAAGAAGCACCACCAAAAUCUAAAGACACGAGAAUAGCGAACAAAGAUAACAUUCAAAGAAGAGAUAAAGUUCCCCGACCGCAUAGAAUCAAAGUAAGGAGUCCCAGGCGUAGACCUCCAAUUUUGGACCAAAAACAUGAUAAACGGGAGCAGCGCUCUGUUGAGAUUGCUCCUAUUGAUUGGGAUCAAGAGGUAGAAGUAGAGCACGUGACCAAUUUAGUUAUUGUAACUAAUGAAGAUGAGCCAAGCAGAGUCAGCGAUCAUUCGUUGGAUGACAUGUGUAGGAUAUGUCAUAGUGGGGAGGCGUUGUCCAACGAACUAGGUCAGCUAAUAUCAGCAUGCUCCUGUCGAGGAACUGUCGGGAGAGUGCACAUCAAAUGCCUAGAGAGAUGGCUCACGGAAUCUGGAAAGUCCAGGUGCGAGCUGUGCGGCACCAGGUACAUCACGAAACGGGUACACAAGUACGGCGUCCCGCGGGCCUUACUCAUGUGGCUCCUGAGCCAAAAUGCUAAACAGUUAAUGGUGGACAGCUUGGGGAUUAUGUUGAUGUCUCCCCUGGCGGUGCUGGCCGCAUGGCUGUCGGGCCGCACGCUUGCCGGCCUGAUGCGCCAGGAUAACCACGCGGCUCCCUGGCCCCUGGCGUCAACGUUUGUGCUAGCCUGCAUGACACUUGUGUGCUAUUACUGCUGGAUAGUGUCUGCGGCGACGCGGCAUGCGCUCGGCUGGUGGGUCUGGUACCGGUCGCAGUACGAGGUUAGGCUGCAACUGCUGGACACUGAGGACUAGACAUUCCAUCCCACUAACCCUUGUUACUUAACCUCAGAAAGUGUUUACAUGGCUUUUGGUAAUACCGACCUGUAAAAUAUAUGUCGCACGUCACAAACAAUAGGGUAUUAAGUCGGCAAAACCAUUUAUUUAUUUAUUUGCGUUUAGAAAACUACAUAUUUUUCUCUAUAAACUAGUAAGAUAAUUGUAUUUUAAUUCAAAAUAGUUUUUGAAUUAUAGCAACACAUGUCGUCAAUAACUAGGCAAAAUUUUUGAUUGUGAGUAUUCUAAACAGUAUUAUGUUAAGUCACAUAAAAGUACUUUUAAAAUAAGAACUACUAUUGAUACAUUAACUAAACUUACUCAAUACAAAGAAGGAUCAUGUACGUUUAAAUCAAGGUAUCAUUUUAAACAUUUGAACAAGUAGUUCCGCUUCUAUGAUUUUUUAAACUUCAAAACGCGAUAUCUCAAAACACUGUUUUUGAAGAUAAUACCUUUUUGUUUGUGACAUGCGAUAUAUUUCUUUGUCGGAGUAGAUACUACUCAAGGUCGCGGUAACUUCUGGAGCAAAACCACAGAUAAAUAACUUGCGCAGUAGACAUUUUUGCAUGUAGAAUUGCUACUGCGCAUAGGGUUACCAUAUCUCAGGAUUUGUCCUGAGAUUUCAGGAUUUUUGGACUCUUCUCAGGAUUGCGGCUGGAUUUUGCAAAUCUCAUAAAAUCUCAGGAUUUUUUGAAUUUCCAAUAAAAUACAGCUUACGUUUUAAAGAUCUCUUUAAUAAAAAGUUAUACAAACUAAAAAUAAUCUUCUAUUGGUAAUAAUUGCACAAUUAAAAUCAGUACUUUAUUAUCCAAGACGGUACUUAAUCAGUUUAUCAUACUUAAUAUCUGAAGAUACAUUUUUAAUUAAGGUUUUUUCUUUAAUUAUGGAUUCAUAUAAUGCCCCACAUGUUAAGCCCUUCAAAUUAUAUUGAUUUAAAAGUAUAUGCACAGUAUAAAUGAUAAUGUUACGAAUUUUUUAAAUUGUUAAGUAUGUUUGAGAGAAAAUUCUCAAACUGUAAAAAAUCUCAGGAUAUUUCAAUGGAAAUCAAACCUUUUCUCCGGACUUUUGAUUUUAUCAUCUGGUAACUCUAACUACGCAGGCUUCCAUGUCUUAAGAAGUUUGCCGGGAUUGAUAUUAGAGAAUAAACUCUUAACUCCUAGUAAACGCGAUGUAAAUAAUUAAAUGUACCACUUUGACGUAUUUAGUAGAUACCAACCUACCUUUAAGAGCAGUAACAUUCUUAUUACUGUAUGCCUAAUCGCUUUAGUUUAUGAUUAUCUAAGUGAUAAACAAAGGAGACCCGGCACUUUUCAUAGAAAAAAUGCUAAACUUGUAUACAGUUGAAUUUGGUCUCAAAAUAAAGCCAAAAUUAUUUUUUACAUAAAACUACUUUUGUCUUAUUUUUAAUGAAUCGUGGAAAGAAGUUAUUUAAUGAUUAAUAUUUUUUGAUAAAGAAACCCUUUUGAUGAAAAACCUACGUAUUUGACAUUGACAGCUAGCUGCUGAUGACAAAUAUUGCCAGACUACGUUACCCAAUUAUGAAACACAGAUAAAAAAAUUAAAAAAGUAUACAACUUUGGCACAAAAUGCCGGGUGUCCUUUGAACCUUGUUCAACAAGUCUCACUAAUCAUAUUUGUUUGCUUCAGUCUUAUCACAUAGACAUAUUUAGUUUGUCAGGAUGUUGUUAAUUUCAAUUCAAUCUGAAUGCUCGGAUGUUAAAUAAGGUGAUAUAUUCUAUUUCUAAGCACCAGUCUCCUUAUUUACAAACACUUGGAAAGGGAUGCGGAUUAACAAAGACAGACCGUAGCUUUCGAUCCAUGAUCCGAGUCUGUGUUUGAAUGUUCUCAAAUGAAUGACACCGAGAAUAUAUGUACUAUAAUGCGAUUCAAAUAAGAAUAGGAAAGCCAAUGACCUCCAUCUGUCAAAUGUCGCCUGAAAAGUACGGUUUGCAAAAAAAUCUCGGAACACUUUUUUAGCACUCAGCUGAUUCUAGAAUAAAAACCAAACAUUUUUAAACAAACAAUAACAAAUGUUGAUGAUUAAUAUUAGUUGCUUUUUCUUUCAUUUAUUUAGCUUUGGCUAUGAAUGGUUGAUAACCUAAAUCGUCAACCAAAUGUCACUUUAUGUUGCGUUCAAAAACUCGAUUUAAAACUUUCUUUUACAUAUAGGAUGCAUGUUCGUAUGUGACCUGCAUGAUUAAUCAUAACUUCUCCGGCGGUAAUGCAGAGUUGAGC